UGCUGCGCACACAACUUUCGUUUUCGGUUCCAAAGACUUUAUGCAAUCCUGUUUAACACGUGCUCUCGUUGGAUCGGCCCGGACUUAUUUGCUUUACUUUGGGUCGACCACCAUCGCGUUGGAAUUCGGCUCAACUAGCAGGGCGACUGGUUAGACCGAGCCGGACCCCAAACAGUGAGAGCUUGGCUCCAGUCGAGUGCAAUGAAGAUGGAGGAUGGGCCCAAAACGUAUUUGAAAGAGUGGCUCGUCGCUCAGGUGGAGAGUGGCGCAUAUGAAGGUCUGCGUUGGGAGGACCAGGACAAAACCAUGUUCAGGAUUCCAUGGAAGCACGCAGCCAAGAAGGACUACAAGGAGACGGAUGAUGCCGCUCUCUUCAAGGCCUGGACCUUGCACAAGGGUAAAUACAGGGAAGGAUGGGGAAAAGACAACCCCACUGUGUGGAAGACCCGCUUGCGCUGCGCGCUGAACAAGAGUACAGACUUCCAAGUUGUCCAUGAGCUCAGCCAGCUGGGUAGCAAGGAGCCUUAUAAAGUCUAUCGUAUCCUGCAAGGUAGUGCAGAGGCCUCCCAAUCUGAGACUUCCCGAACAAAGAACCGCACGAUCAGCAAAGUUAAAACAUCAACAAGGAGCCCCGGUUACCAAGACAGACAGGAAUCACCUCAAGCUUACGAAGAACACCCGGAAGAAGAAAAAAAACAACCAGGGAAAACAAGUCACUCCGAGGACUCUGCUUCGUUGACCUUCUGCACUUCUCUAAAAUCCAUAUCAGAUUUUCGAAUGCAGGUGACAUUGUUGUAUCAGGGCCAAAGUGUGGCGAACUGUACCACCAAGACUCCCGACGGGUGCUUCAUCCUGCAAGGUCGUGCUCCGUUGGGAAGUGAGAGUAUAUACGGAAGCUGCACCACACAACAGCUCUCCUUCCCCUCGCCAAAUGGCAGGCACAUGCCAUUGUGCACGGUGGAAGCAAUAAACCGACUUCUCUGCCAUCUGGAACAAGGCGUACUCUUAUGGGUUGCACCUGAUGGGGUGUUCAUCAAGCGCUUCUGCCAGAGCAGAGUGUACUGGAGUGGCCCUUUGGCCCCACAAGCUAACAGGCCAAACAAACUAGAGCGGGAGAAGACCUUCAAAUUGCUUAGCACUUCAGCAUUUUUUAAUGAUCUUCAGAACUGUUUACAAGGAAAGGGAGCACCACCGGAUUAUAGAAUUGAGCUCUGCUUUGGAGAAGAGUAUCCUGACCCAACAACACCUAAAAGCAACAAGCUUGUCAUGGCACAGGUGGUACCAAUGUUUGCAGUGGAGCUGCUUCAGAACUUCAAUUUGGAAGUGAUGAAUGAAAUGCUGGACAGUUCCGUCUCUGGGGAAGGCAAAGAAGUUCAGAAAGUCAAUCAUCCUGUGGAAGAGGCAACAUAACCCAGCAAAAGAUUGAUUUCCCAUUUUGUAAGAAAAAUGAAUGUGAUUAAGUUUAUAAUCAAUGUAUUUUCAAUUAAGAGAAUUAUAAGUGCGCUUCUAUUUUUUAGUGCAGUGAAAUCUGUUUUCAUAUUCAACUGAAAUGUUAAAUAUGACGUGGUAAACUGACUAUUUUGACUUUGUCACGCAUAUUCCAAAUACUACCACUGAAGGGAAACUGUGAUAAACAGGAAAUCAGAAGCUCCUCACGUCAAAGCCCAAAUAUGUGUGAUGAAUUGCGUGGCAUGAGGUGACUCACCUUCUGCAUGUUUAUCACAUCGUCCAUCAUCUGUCAAAAGCAAAACAACAAAAGGGACAAUGGAUUGUGUUUGACUGUGACAUAUUUUGGAAACCUAACAAAUGUUUCAAAACGAAAAGUUUUAUACAUAUAUUUUUGCAAAACUGAUUUAAGCAAAUGGUGGGAAUAAAUCACUAGUGAUAAUUCAA